GCAGCUGGCGCUGCUGCUGGGCUGCCUGGGGCUGGCCCCCGCCUUCAACCUGGACACGGGCAACGUGGUGGUGUGGAGCGGCGAGGCCGGCAGCCUCUUCGGCUUCUCCCUGGCCAUGCACCGGCAGCUGGAGCCGCGGGAGCGGAGGCUAUUGCUGGUGGGAGCACCUCGGCAGAGAGCUUUCCCAACUCAGCUAGCCACGAGGGCGGGAGGGUUGUACAGCUGUGACAUUUUGUUACCAGAUGUGCCAUGCGUGCGGAUAAAAUUUGAUGAGAGAGCUGAUCCAACAAAAGAAAGCAAGGAGGACCAAUGGAUGGGUGUAACUGUCCGAAGUCAAGGGCCAGGCGGAAAAGUGGUGACCUGUGCUCAUCGCUACGAGAAAAGGCAGUACGUCAACACCAAUCAGGAGACUCGAGAUAUCAUUGGGAGGUGUUAUGUACUAAGUCAGGAUCUCACCAUCAAGGAUGAUGGCAUGGACGGAGGGGACUGGAGUUUUUGUGACGGCCGGCUGAGAGGCCACGAGAAGUUCGGUUCGUGUCAGCAAGGAGUGGCUGCCACUUUUACCAGAGACCAUCAUUAUGUUGUAUUUGGGGCACCGGGUACCUACAACUGGAAAGGAGUGGUUCGGGCAGAGCAAAAAAACCAGACAUUUUAUGACAUGGGUAUCUUUGACGAUGGGCCUUACGAAGUUGGUGAUGAGAACAGCCGUGAUGAGAACCUAGUCCCUGUUCCAGCUAACAGUUACUUAGGGUUUUCUUUGGACUCGGGAAAAGGUAUAGUUUCUAAAGAAGAGAUAACAUUUGUUUCUGGAGCCCCAAGAGCAAACCAUAGCGGAGCUGUUGUCCUGUUGAAAAAAGACCGCAACACUCCAAGUGCGCUGACCCUUGAGCACAUGUUUGAAGGCGAGGGGCUGGCUUCUUCGUUUGGCUAUGAUGUAGCAGUUGUAGACCUCAACAGUGAUGAUUGGCAGGAUAUAGUUGUUGGCGCCCCGCAGUAUUUUGACAGGGAUGGAGAAAUUGGUGGUGCUGUGUAUGUUUAUAUUAAUCAGCAAGGCAAGUGGGAAGGGGUAAAGCCAAUUCGGCUCAAUGGAACCACAGACUCCAUGUUUGGAAUUGCAGUUGAAAGUAUUGGUGACGUUAAUCAAGAUGGUUAUCCAGAUAUCGCUGUGGGAGCUCCAUAUGAUGGUUUUGGCAAGGUGUAUAUAUAUCAUGGCUCCAGCAAUGGAAUAAAUACAAAACCAGCACAGAUUCUCGAUGGCAAAGCCAAUGACAUUUCGUUCUUUGGUUAUUCUAUUACCGGAAACAUGGAUCUUGACAGAAACUCCUAUCCUGAUAUUGCUGUUGGGUCGCUUUCAGAUUCUGUGUCUGUUUACAGGUCAAGGCCGGUGCUAAGCAUUAAGAAAACUAUCGAGAUCUCUCCAGACAAAAUUGACAUGAACAGAAAAAACUGUGCUCAGCUCAGUGGAAUUUGCAUCAAUGUUAAAGCAUGUUUUGAAUAUACAGCUAGUCCCAGUGACUUCAACCCCAAAAUAAUUCUGGACUAUACAUUUGAAGCGGAAAACGAAAGGAGGCGAUUAGGCCUGCCGUCUAGAGUGCAGUUUGUGGAAGGCCUCUCCGAUCAGUUCAGCGAAAGCGUGACUCUGGCAGGACAGAAGAGGCAAGAGUGUGUGACCAAUAAACUCGUACUGCAGGACAAAAUUAAGGAUAAACUGCGUCCUAUUCCUGUAACAGUUGGCGUCAGAAUUAAAGGGUCCGAAUCCAGUAUGCAACCCAGCAGAAGGCAAGGAAGGUCACUUCCAGAUCUCGUUCCAAUUCUAAACUCAAAUGAACCAAAAACAGUUAAUUCAGAAGUACAAUUCCUAAAAGAAGGGUGUGGAUCAGACAACAUAUGCCACAGCAACCUGAAGCUUAACUACAAAUUCUGCUCCAGAGAAGGAAGUGAAGAUAAAUUUGUUCCUUUACCAAUUGAGAACGGCAUUCCGGUGCUUGUCCUUAAAGACCAGAAAGACAUUGCCCUUGAAAUUACAGUGACAAACAUCCCAUCGGAUCUGAGACACCCCCAGAGGGAUGGUGAUGAUGCCCACGAAGCUAAAUUAAUCGCCACCUUUCCAGAUAGCUUAACUUACUCUGCCUUUAGGGAGCCAAAAGGCUUUCUGGAGAAGCAAAUGGCCUGCGGAGCCAAUCAAAACGGCUCUCUAGUAGAAUGUGAGCUUGGAAAUCCUUUCAAAAGAAAUUCGACGGUUACAUUUUAUGUAAUUAUAAGUACAACUAAAGUUAACGUCGAUACACGGGAUUUGGACAUUUAUCUGAAACUGGAAACAACAAGCAAUCAAGCUAAUUUGGAGCCAAUUAUUGCUAGAGCUAAAGUAGUUAUUGAACUGCUCUUGUCGCUGACAGGGGUUGCAAAGCCGUCCCAGGUGUAUUUUGGAGGCAAUGUCAUUGGUGAAAGCGCUAUGAAACAUGAAGAUGACAUGGGUAGCUUGAUAGAAUAUGACUUCCGAAUAACUAACUUGGGCAAGCCACUUAAAACAUUUGGUACUGCUUCCUUGGAUAUCCUGUGGCCCAAAGAAAUUAAGGGAGGCAAGUGGCUGCUGUAUUUGGUGUCGAUACGUUCCAAAGAAUUAGGAGAACUUCAAUGUGAACCACAAAAUGAAAUAAACUCUAUAGGAAUUAAGACAUCUAGAGGUUCAAGGAAGAAGCGUGAAGUUGCAGAGAAGCAGAUGGAUGCUGGGUUUUCCUUCUUUCCAGAAAGAAAAUACAAGACUUUGGAUUGUAAUGGCGAGGCAAACUGUGUUGUCAUAAGAUGUCCCUUGCAAGAUCUGGACAGUAAGGCAUCUGUCGUGUUGCGCUCAAGACUGUGGAACAGCACUUUCCUAGAGGAAUAUUCUAAACUCAACUAUGUAGACAUUCUCCUUAAAGCUAAAAUAAGCAUUGCCGCUUCUGCAGACAAUAUUAAGCUAGCAAAUGAAGCUACUCAGGUGCGGGUCACUGUCUUUCCUGCAAAGACAGUAUCAUUGUAUAAAGGGGUCCCUUGGUGGAUCAUAUUAGUAGCCAUUCUUGCAGGACUUUUAAUGCUUGCUCUUUUGGUAUUCUUACUAUGGAAGUGUGGGUUCUUCCAGCGUUCUAGGUACGAUGCCAGCAUUCCCCGAUACCAUGCUGUAAGAAUCCGGAAAGAGGAGAGGCAGAUCAAAGAUGGGAAAGCUAAAGAAAACCAUGGGAAAAAGCAGUGGGUCACAAAAUGGAGUGAAAAUGAAAGUUACUCCUGAGGAUUCCUCCUGAAGGC